AUGCACGGGAGAGACGAAGAUUCACCCGGCACAGAAGAAUCGGGAUACGGAUACUAUCCUUCUUCCCAGCCAUCUCAGCUGUGGGGAUCGAGUCCCACCCCCCGGGGAUCGAGUCCCAGUCCCCCUCCAUUCCAGUCGUGGUCACCGACAUCCCCGCCGUGGCAACAAAGCCAAUAUCGGGGUCAAUCUUCUCAUCAGAGGAAUUUGGGUUCACACUGGAGAGCAGAUGAUGGGGCUGAUGAGUCCGGGCCUACCGGAGAAACCGCCGACGAGAUCUUCGGCGGCGACGGCGGUGGUGGGAGAGGUGGCGGCGACGGCGGUGGUGGGAGGGGCGGCAACGGCGGUGGUGGGAGGGGCGGCGGCUACGGCGGUGGGGGGAGAGGCGGCGGCGACGGCGACGGGGAUGGCAGCGGCAGCGGCGGUAGCGAGUCGGCGGUAACAAGUCGGGGCGGGCACUACACCAAAGACGAGUCGAUUGCUGUGGCGAGGGCAUGGGAUGCCGUCACAUCAGACCCCUGUGUUGGCACCGAUCAGACCGAGAUGGGCUUUUGGAAGCGCGUCUUGUUGACCUACAAUGAGUUCAAGCCGAGAGGCGCCAAACCGCGUGACGCGGAACAGCUCCGGAAAAAGUUUGGGAGGAUUCUGACACCCACCAAGAAGUUCGCGGGCAUCUACGGCAACAACCUUCUCAACGCUGAGAGUGGCCGCAACGAAGCCGACGUGAAGGCUCUGUCUGUGUCCCAAUACAACGCGCUAUAUAAGCCUAGGUUCAACCACUGGGAGGAGUUUCUCGUUCUCGAGAACUACCCGAAAUUCAAGGCCAGACUGAGGGUCACGUGCGAGAGGAGACGCAACGAGAGCCGGGAACUCAGCAGCGGCGGCGACCUCAACGACGCAGCGGAGGGAGCCCUCUGA